AUAAUCAUAUUAUAAUUAUGUCUAAUUGUACUUCCUACAACCCUGAUGAUGUUUUCAAAAGAUUUAAAGUUGUGGAAUUUCCAAUAUCUUUUGUAGGACUUUCUACAACACUUGAAUUAGAUGUUGAAUUCGAUCUUGACACAUCUGCUUAUCUGAAAACGCUAUGCGAAGGACGUUUAAUGAAAUUUGAUGAAGCCUUUGAAAUUUCUGCCGCACAUAGAGCAUUUAGUGUAAAGUAUAAAAACAGCCAUACGAUUGAAAUAACAUUUACACCUAAAAACGAAUGUAUAACGAAAGCGAAAUACGAUAAACAAUUCGAUAACAGAUUUGUAUUUGAUUUACGUUUAAUAAAAGUCGAUGGAAGUCGGUGUUGUUACGAUGAAUUUCAUUCCGAAAUUGGCCGAUAUUAUAUUAGUGGCCAAUUUGAAUAUCCAAAUGUACACCACACUCCGGAAAACAUAAACUUUGGUGAUGUCAUUAUAAAUACUAAAACAACAAAAUUUAUAAGAAUACAGAAUGAAUCUGUUUUGAGUGCUAAAAUGCAAUACGUUAGAAUACCUGGUAUUAAUUUACACCCCGAAACAUUUACAAUACCACCGAAUACGUCGAAAAAAAUCGCCAUAACCGUCAAGUCGACAUGUCUCAAGUUAAAAAAUAGCAUAAUAUUCGAAAUAAUUAAUCCACACGACGUAUUUAAAGAAUCGUCUGACAAAAAUUGUAUAACUUAUACUGUCCAUUUUAAUAUAAAUGUAAUUUAUAGAAAAUCUUCGAAACAAAUACAAAUUGAAUCAUUGCAUAAAUUAAACGAAUUAAACCCAACCUAUACAUACACAGGCAAAGAAUUAUUAAUUCAUAAUGAAAGAAAUAAAUUAGGACUAAAAUAUCUUCAAAUGUCUAAAAUGUUAUAUGAAAAGAUACCUAUUUUAGAAAAGUACACUACGGACAAACACAAAUGUUAUACAAUUGCAUCAAUGGAAAUUAAAGACAACAUUUUUUAUCAAACUAUCCAAGAAACACCUUCAACCUACGAUCUAUUCCAAAUAAGAUUAAUCCCUUUUACUAUAAAUUUUGGAAGAGUCGGUACAUCAACUUAUGGGGAACAUAAUCUGAUAAUUCAUAAUAAUACGAAAUUCAAUAUAUCAGUGGAAUUCUUUAAAGAUAAAUUUAUACUUUAUUCAGAUGAAAAGAAGGUAACACUAAAAAUGAAAGUAAAAUCUUUUGUAAAAGCGAAUUUAACAAUAUUUUGUUUAGCACAUAUGGAAGGGACAUUUUCACAUACAUUUCAAUACACUAUAAAUGAAAAAUAUCACCGGAACCAUCCAUAUACUUUACAAAUUGGAAAUCCAACUUUAAUGGUUAAUGAAAAAAGCUUGAAAUUUGGUAUGGUUACAACUGAAACAUUUGUAACUUCAGUUCCCAUUAGAAUUUAUAAUCAUUUUAAUUUACCCGUUGACUUUAAGUGGGAUGAAUUACAUCCAGAUACGCCUUUUGAAAUAAUACCAAAGGCUGGAACUAUACCACGACACUCGUGUAGAUUAUGUGAUGUGCAAUAUAUAUGCAAGCCCAACAAAACGAAAACACAUGAAGUUGAAUUAUUAUCAAUAAGUAAAUGUACGAGAAAUAUACCUUUUGAACUCAGUGUUGUUACUCGUAAACUGUCGAUAAAAUUUUUACAGACAGUGGUAACAUUCAAAGAUAUUGCUUUAAAUAUGGAAACUGUUGAAAACGUUAAGCUUGAAAACUCAUCGAGGGAAAUUGCUCUCUUUCAUGUUGUAGAACCGUUAAUUCAAGGUUUAAGGAUAGAGCCAAUGUGCGGUACUAUACGUCCAAAAGUAGUAAUGGUCUUCGAUAUUAUUGUGAAAAUUCCAUGCAUUCUUGAAUUCAAUUUUGACAUAUAUAUAAAGAUAAAUAAUAAAGAAAAUGUCAUCUUACCGGUUAGUGGAAAUGUUGUGGAACCAAAAUUAUUAAUACACCCUAAAAAUAUAUACAUGCCUCGAAUACCAUGUAAUAUGAUUACUUUUGUACCUGUAACAUUUCAAAAUGUAAGUGUAUUAAAGACAGUUGUCGAUGUACUGGAUACAGGAGAUGAUAAUAUUUUUGACGUAUAUGUAAUGCAAGGGAAUGAAAGAAAGAGAAUAUUUUAUUUCAAUUUAGAUGGUGGACAAUCCAAAACAGUAUAUAUUAAAGUAUAUGACAUAUUUCGAAGAGAAUAUGAAAUGUAUAUACCAUUUAGAACAAACGGCUUGCUAGGUCCACCUAAUCAAAAUCUAUGCUCAACAGAACUUCGGCACUAUAUAGAAGACUCUGAAAAGUCAUAUGAAAAUAAUCCUAAAAUAAAAAUAAAAAGUACGAAUAAAGAUAUUUGUUACUGUCGAAUAACAGGAGUAAUAACAGUACCUUGGAUAACAUUUUCAGUUGAUAAAUUUGAAAUGAUUUACGUACAAAAUAUUGAAAAUACUAUGGAUUUUGCUAUGACUAAUGUAUCCAAAUAUUGCAUACCCAUAACAAUUGUCACCUCAAAAUUGUCUCCAAUAUUUACCUUAGAUAUACAUAGUACAGAAGACAGUCAGAUUGUUAUAAAUGAAAAUAAUAUGAAAUUCGAAUUAAAUAUUGGAAAAUCAGCCAAUUUCACAUUAAAAUUUCAACCAAAGGGUCACGGUCGAUUCGUCUCGACGGCUUUAUUAUAUUUGGACAAACUUAUGACCAUACCUUACUACAACUUAACUUUUAUCGGAAAAAGACAAAUCCCAGAUAUGUAUCCUGAUACAUAUAAAAUUAUUUUUCCUCCAUGUUCUAUAGGUACAGAAUUAAGAAAAAUGCUAACAUUAAAAAUGGACGGUCAGUCUACGAAAGAAUUAUUUUCUUGUUCUUCCAAAGAAGAACCAAAUCUUACAGUAGAAUUCAUUGACUCAAAAAUUGAAUUAGAAAAUGAAACAUACUAUACUCAUGUUUCAGUAAAAGUUUCAGUUUCCUGUCAAACAACUUAUGUUCAAAAUAUUACUUUGAACUUUCAACACACUAACGGUUCAUGUUGUGAAGUAGAAGUUUGUUUUUGCUUCACUUACUGUCCUUUAACUUUACAUUCCCAGUUUUUAGUUAAAGCUGAAGAAAGUUCAUACCCAUAUUUUCCUUUAAAAACCCAAUUUGAACAAUAUAAUUACAUGGAAGUCUGCUGCUCAUUCCUUGAAAAAUGGAUGUUUCAACAAGGAUUUCGAAGAGAUUUGUAUCCCAUUAUACCAGACACGUUUCAUGCUAUUUCAGCAUCUAUAUCAACUCAAUCAGGCGGUGCCAAAUCAAAAGGAAUUAAUGUUUCAUACUUAAAUUUUGUUCGGAGGAUUGCUGGGCCACUAAUGAAACACAUACGUAAAAUAUCAGUAAUUGGCGUGGACGAGUCAUAUAAAUGUGUUAAAGAAAUUCAUGACACAUAUCGGGAAAUAUUAAUAUUACUAAGAUCUCGCGGAGCAAAUGUAGGAGUCUUACAGGCGAAGUUUUUGCUAAGUUAUGAACAAUUUGUUAUAUAUUCUGAUAAUACGACCCCACGAUGCAAUGCUGAUAUUAUUUUAACGCAACAACUACUAGCCGAUGUUGUGCUUUUUAAUAGAUUAAGUAAACAAAGUUGGAUUGAUUUAAUUCUUCAAAGUUACAAAGUAUUUGUGAUGGACAGUUGUUUCUUUGAAUGCGUCUGUAUGAGUACACAACCGAGAGAUAUUAUAAAAAUAUUAACAGAAUGGUAUAAUGAAAAUAUUUUAUUACAACAUGAAAAACUUCGUGGUAAGAAAAAAACUCCGAAAAUUAUCACCAAUAUAACAACAGAUUUAGCAGAUGGAAUUGCAAUAAUAUCAACUAUAUUGACUUAUUGUCCGUUUAUGGAAGAACAUUUUCAAUUAUUUUGUGACGAUUGCAAUAACUGUGUAGAAAAUAACAUUAUAAAUAAUGCUUGUCUUAUAAUUGAAGCAAUGAAUAUUUUAAAACUAUAUUUUCCACUAAGUACUAAAGAUUUUUUACACCCAAACUUUUUAGUUAUGUUAUUUUUAUCUAUACAUUUAUUCGUAACAUUGCCUAUGUUUAAAACAAAAGAUCUGGUUGAGUUUAAUCCUCCUCUUCUUAGAAGUUCAACAAGACUGUUAGCUAUUAGUCCUUCAAAUCAAGAAACAUUAAUAUUUAAUUAUAUUAUAUUAAAUAAUAUAAAAAGUAAUUUCACUGUUGAAAAGACGUCAUCCGCUGACACUGGUAAAAAAAUAUACCUCAGUGUUAAAUAUACAGCUAAUUUUGUUGCAAAAGAGACAGCAGUACUUCUCGUGCAUGGAUUUAAUAAAACAAGAAUAUUUGAUACUUUUAUUAUUUUCCUACUCUCUGGACAUGCAGGAUCGCUCUAUCCCAUAAGGAAGUGUAAAGUAACGGGACCUUUGUAUAGACCAAAUAAAGUAGACGUUUUGGUAGCAUCCCCGUUUGCCGUAAAUGCUGUAUUUAAAUUACAUUUGACUGACAAUGAACCUGUAAUACCUGUUACCUUUGAAAAAGAUAUUCAACCAAAGUUUUGCAUAAACCGACUUUACCUUAUUGAUCAGGAAAUUACUCUAAGUGGCAUACCCAAAGAAAGUGGGCAAGAAGUUCUAGAAUACAAAUUAUAUUUUCAAAUUGUUUGCCUUAGUACUCAAAUUGAAAAUUCAUGGUUAUGGUUCAGAAGCGACGUCGGUGAAUUUUUUAUCCGUAUAACAACGCAACCUCGUUGGGAUUUAGCUAUAGAUACUUUACAAGUAAAGGUUCAAACGUGGCCUAUAGACCCCUGUAGUUGCGGAGAAGCUUGUGAGUGCUAUCGAACUACAGCCGUAAUGGUUCCUCACCGAAACGAGUUAAUGGUAAAAUCGUUACGCUAUGCAUUACUUGAACAAGCGUCAGAUACAAUGAUUCACGUUUUUGAUCAGCUAAUAGAAACUGCUACAGGAAAGAUUAUCUUAGGGAUGCUUUUAAAAGAAGGUGGUUCAAACUUAUCAGAAGUGCAACAUAUUCUAAAAAGCGAAGCUACCUUCCGGAUUACCUCUAAGACUCUAUUUCCAAGACUCGAAAAAGUAACUUUGGCUCAACAUACAAACGCCUUUUUAGCUCUGCCUGUGACUAUACCAGCGAAAGACAAAUCAGAGAAAUAUGCAAUUACACUAACAUCUGAGUGCGGAAUGGACAUACGUACUUAUAGAAUAAUAUUUAUUGAAUCGUAUAGCGAAUAAUAAU